AUGAUCUCCAUAUUCAGCAUAUCUAACUGUAUACGGAUACUCUGGCUCAGUCUACUCUUCAUCACACUCACCCAAGCGCAAGAGCAGGAGACCGUCACACUCGUCACAGUCACCGAGACGCAAUCAUCACCCACCCCAGCAUCUUACACCUCUCUCAGUGUAUUCAAAGACACCGUCCUAUCCAUCAGCAACGACUACCGCCGCGAACACGACGCCUGCACAUUAACAUGGAACGACACCCUAGCCGACUACUCCCGUAACUGGGCCAAGCAGUGCAAAUGGAAGCAUUCCAAAGGCCCCUACGGUGAAAAUCUUUCUUUUGGCUACCCCAAUGCGUCGUCCGCCAUCGCAGUCUGGGGCGAAGAACGCAAAAUGUACAACUUCAAACUGCCCACCGGUUUCUCGGAGGAAACGGGGCAUUUCACGCAGUUAGUCUGGAAAGCUACGACGCAGGUUGGCUGUGCGGCGGUGGAUUGCGGGUAUGAUGAUGAUGCGCAGGAUAAAGAGACGGGGAAUUUCGAGAAGGCGUUGGGGUGGUAUGUUGUUUGCGAGUAUGCGCCGGCGGGGAAUGUCAUGGGGAAGAACAAGAAGUGGUUCAAGAUGAAUGUGGUGCCGGAGAGGGCGAAGGUUGGCGGUAGUGGUGGGGGGACGGGGUCUGGUGGGCAUGAAGAUGAUGGUGAUGAAGAUGAAGAUAAUGCGGCUGUUGGACGAAGGUAUAUAGGGAAGGCUGGGCUUUGGUUGGCUAUGGUUCAUGGUGUUUUCUUCAUGUUAUAA